GCUCAUCACACGUACACUGAAGACAUGAAACGCAUUUUGCUGCACAAAAGUGCAAAGAUCUUGUUAAAGUCAGUAAUCAAACAAAUUGAUCAUGUGCUCAUGUGGUUUGGCCAGAUGUUCCGCCCUCUUCUGUUUUGUUUAAAAAGACCCAAUGUGCUAUGACUGCAUUUCAUCGGACCAUCAUCUGGGCUAAACGUACAAAAAUGACAUCUUUGGCUCUGGUUUUGGUAUUUUGUGCCUUUGUCUCUUUAAGCGAUUCUGCCUGUUUCCAUGAACUUCUAAAACCAGGGGCAAAAUAUUGUACAGAUGGCUAUGAUAAAUCCCGGCAUCCAAUAGGAAGUACUUGGACAAACGACAGAUGCACCAGAUGCACGUGCUCCUCCAGCAUGAUGGACUGCUGCGACACGAUGGGUAGAGCGAUUAUCAAGACUGAAGGGUGCAUUGUGAAUUAUGAUUACAGCACAUGCACAUUUAAAGUGUUUCAUCCAGAAGAUCCCACCUUUAGGUGUUCCUAUGGUGCUGUUGGAAAAUAAUUUCCAAUGAUUGAAAAUACAAAUCAGUGAUGUGUAUGUAUUUUGACUAAAAUCAAUAUAAACUGCUUUUGGAUCCAAACUGGACUACCAAUUGUAAUUAAUUACACAACUAAAAAAGGUUAAAUCUUGUUAACCAAAAGGUCUGGCAUUCAAGGCUUUCCUUCUUACUUUUA